CAAUUAGUUUAUGAAGACAAGUCACAUUAUGAUAACAAUUAUAAAGCCGUCUCUCUUGUCCAAAUACUAAAUCUUGCCUAACCACUCCUCCAUUUCAUAAACCAAAUUCUUACAAGCUCUCUUAAAUUCUCACAACUCCUAACACACAUAAAGAACUAGUAGUAAAACCAGAGAAUCUCUCGUUGAUUGUACCGAAUCGAAUUGAAGAUAUGUUGAGUCCGUUUUCGUCGUCACCGAGGAGAUCGAGGAAAGGAGGCAAUAAAGAAAGCAAGAAUCCUUAUUCAAACCAAGGACUUGAAAAAUUCUCUGCGCUUGUCUCUGAGCUAGAUGAGAAAAGACAGAGCAUUUACGCGAAGAGGCUUGAUUCUGAUGGACCGCCUCUUGUUCGGUUUAUGUUCACUAGCUCCGGAGAGUGCGUUCCCGUAAUGAUCAAGACAAAGAGGGCAACUGCAGGUCAGAAGAAGAAUGUUCAAGAUGAUUUCAAAGUCGUGACCGAAUCAAAAACAAAGGAAGAGAAAGAAACAAAGAGAAUAGAGACAGGAACAGAGAAGAAACAGAGCUGUGUGUUGAACGAGAAUCUGAAGAAGAUUUCGAAACCGAACCAUUUCUUACCCGUGACAGUGGUGUUGGUUCUAAUCUUCUUGGUGUUUUUCGGACGAACCGUCUCGAUCAUGUGCACUUGUAUUGUUUGGUACUUGGUUCCAAUGAUCAAGGAACAUAGCAGAAACAGAGGAUCAACGUACGAGACGAAGAAGAAAAAGAAGAAACUGAAUAUCAAAGACAGAGCAGCAUCGUUUAACCAGAAGACGGCUGUUCGUGACAAAUUUACGCAUCUGGCAGCUCCUGCUAAAACCCGGUGACAAAUUUUUGAAACUGGUUUGUGAAAGUUCUUUUAUUCGUUUCAUCUAACAUUUUUUUUCCUUGAUUCGUUUGGUUCUUUCGUCUUUCUUUUUUGUUCAUAGCUGUUAAUUUAGGUACAUAACUUAUUCUUUUCUAGUUCUUUCUAAUGCUAUGUAACUAUUCAAACAUAUCAUUUUCUUCUUGGUCGUGGUUCAGUGUCUCUUGUAUAAAUUUCGUCGAAUUUGAUGAUCUGUAAAUGGGAACUUUUUUUUUUUGCUUUGGAGAUUUUGGGGUUUCUUGUACAUUGGACAACCUGUAAUAUUUAUUUUGUUUAUUAUAUAUUGUCACGCUUGG